GAUCGACAAGAUGUUCAUUAAGUUAUGGCCAGUGAAGAAGACGUAUCAAAAUGUUUUACAGGUACACAUGAAGUACAAGAAUGCCUUGAAGGUCAAGGUGAGGCAGAUCUACACGCACAUCUGGUAAAUUGUACGAAAAAUCCUGGCCAUGAAGGUUUUUUACCUAUAAAAUGCCUUGCUUUUGGUUGCAAUGGCGACGCCCUGUAUGACCUCACAAAAACCCUAGCUGACCUAACCGUCAGGGUAGCCGUUAAGUUCACCAGUCCAGACAGACCAGAGUUUGUACCAGGCACUAAAGAUCCCUAUCCUUGCUACAACACCAGGGGACAGAACUCACUGAGGACAGGGACAGGGAGGGUGGGGCAGGUGACCAAGUACACAGAGGGGAUGAAGUGGGGCACCUACAGAACUUGUCCAUGUCCUGAAUGUGAGCACUCGGACACACCCAGCAAAGAGUGGUGGCUGGUUAAUGUGAGCACAGCCACACACGUGGUUUUUGAUUCGAGUGAGGCGAGACAGUCCAGCUGUAGGUUGUGGUUUGAUAAUGAUCAAAGUCCAGUGGUCAACAUUUAUGGGUGGAAGAUUUGUUUUGCACCCGUGGCUGGAGACACGUGUUGGUCGUAUUAUGUGACACACGACGUAGAUAUAGGUAGUAAACUGGAGGAGAUGGUGGGGCGGUUUAAUGGUCUACGUCGUAAAUUAGAGGACAAAUACAAGAGUCGUAGAGAUGUGGACAAGCUGACCAUUAUAGUGUCACAUCCUCAUGGCUGUUCUAAGCAGGUCUCUGUAGGUCACUGGGUACAUAAGGAGGAGUUGGAUAGUCAGUCCAGAAACUCACUAACCAGGUACUCGUACACAACUUGUACCUGCCCAGGUACCAGCGGGGCUCUGGUAUACAAACUGGGGCAUGGCGACUUGUCUAAUCAUCCACACAGUGGAGCUAACUCUGGUGGAUUAAAUUAUAGUGCGCUUGCGUUCAACUAAGACGUGUAGUUGUCUGCUCUUGUCUAGGAUGUCUGUUAUCAUUACACAACAUCAAAACGACUGAUGUAAUAAGUGAUUGAGAGAAAGAAUUUUUCUUUUGUUUUUAGCAUGGUUUAUAUAAAUCAUAAUAAUUCCCAUGUUUUUUAAAUUUCUAUUUCUCUGUGAUGUUUUCUAUGUGUUUGUUUUGGAGCAAUAAAACGUA